AUGGAAGCCCCCGGCGAGUCCGCCGGCGGACGGCCGUAUCCGAACGAGGAGACGUCGCCCCCGCGGAGGAAGUGGGCGUCCGAACCCCGCGCCCGAGCCGGCGCUUUCGCCGAGGCGCCUCGGCGCGGCUACGACCCGGCCGGCGAUUCCGGGAAGCUGCCGUGCCCGGCGCCCCCCGAUGCCGCUUUCCAGAGUUUUUACUCCUACCGGCCGGGCCCGCCGUACCCUCGGCACCCGGAGACGGGAGCCAGACCCCGACCGGGGCCGGAAGCGCGCGCCUGGCCCUUCGCCGGACAGCUGCCGUCGGACGAACUGUACCCCGCCGGGCACCCGGGGGGGCGUUCCGGGAGGUCGCCCCGCCGCCAAAAAUCUCCCGGUCUACCCGCAUCCUUCGUACCUCGUUCCCAGUCGGGACUCGAUCCGGGCGACGAGGGUUACGGUAAGAAGGAGCAGAAAGCCAAAAAGCCCGGAAAGUAUAUUUGUUACUACUGCGGGCGAGCGUGCGCCAAGCCCAGCGUCCUGAAGAAGCACAUACGCUCGCACACGGGCGAGCGGCCGUACCCUUGCGUGCCCUGCGGCUUUUCCUUCAAAACCAAGAGCAACCUUUACAAGCACCGCAAGUCCCACGCGCACGCCAUCAAGGCCGGACUGGCGCCCUUUUCCGAGCCGGCCCCCAGGGCGUCGCCCGGAGGCGGUGCCGAGGUCCUCUCCGACGGCGAGCGGAGCACCGACACGGACGAGGAGGGAGCCGAGGGCGCCGCCGUGCCGACGGACAAAGAGGGAGCCGGUGCGCACGUCUCCUUCCCGGCUGAAAAGAGUCCAGGUGGCGCAGAACCGGCGUACGCAGACUCGGCCGAAGAGCUGCCUCCGGGUUCCGUCAAAGUGCCUAUCUUGAUCGUUCCCAAGUCCAGAGGCUCGGAGUGUCCGCCCCUUCAGGAAGCAAAAGGUUCCCGUCGCGCCGCGAUGUCGCCGGCCGGGAGAAAAGGUCGUUCGCUGGAUGACUCCUUUUUCAUCAAGCCGGGUCCGGACCGGGACGGCGCGGCUACGCAAUCGCUGAACCUCCUCAGUCCUCACGGCAAAGGCAGCACGGACUCUGGUUACUUUUCGCGUUCCGAGAGCGCGGAGCAGCAGAUCAGCCCUCCGAAUACCAACGUCAAAACGUACGAGGAGAUCAUGUUCGGACGGACUUGGUACUACCGACCCAACUCCAGAUCUAGGCACUUUGUCACAGUAGCCAAGAUCUCCGAGGAUCCCGUCUGCUUACGAGGGGACGCCGGAAUGUCCGGAGAUCCCAAACUGUAUCUGACCGGACCCGGUCUGAGCGGUAGCGGACUUCUCGAACCUCCCUCAGAUUCGGGGCCUCUCGUCCGGAGCAACUCCGUGCCGACGUCGUCUCCCCCGAACCUCAGCGUCCCCCCGGGGAUCCGAGGCAGCCAUUCCUUCGACGAGGCGAUGACUCCCGACGACGUUUUAUACCAGCCGGGCCUUCGUCGACUCCAAAGACAAGCGGCUAUCGAACUUCUGGCCCACGAAGCCCACACGGGAGACGCCGAGGGAUCCGGACGCGCGGCCAAAAAUUUGGAUUCGUCUCUCGGGAGGAAAGUGCGCGAACGCGGAACCGAUCGCUCUCCCGGAAGCGCGGAGUCCUUCGCCUACGGGACGUACGGCGCGAAAGUUAGCCUGUCGGAAAUAGCCACCAGAAAAAGAAGGAAGCAGAAGAGCGUCGGGGACGAGGAGGACAGUCCCGAUCACUGCGACAGCAGCUGCGGCGGUUCCGUAGAGAUGGCGGGAGACUACGUGAGCUUAGACGGCUCCAGAGGCACUCCCGCGGGGAAGGGUUCUCUCCAGAGCGCCCACAGUCAGUCGGACAGCUUCGAAACCUGUCCUAGCAUGUGCUCAGAGGACGCGGCUCCCUUUAUGGACUCGGAAUGCAGGGCGGCGGCCGGGAACGUCAUAUCGGUCAUCCAGCACACCAACUCCCUCAGUCGGCCCAAUUCCUUCGAGAAGUCAGAGUCCUCGGAGCAGCCCGCGUAUCGUCCCUCGGGCCCGUCCGGCCAAUACUCUGAGCAGUCCGACUCCGACGUCUUCGAAGACGCUCUGAGUCCGGAGAGUACGGAGCGGCGGCGGCAGAGCGACGGCGAUCCGGCCUCCCUCUCGUCUUCGUCGUCGCCCGCUCAGGUUUACCACGUCCCGCACAAACUGGUCCGCCAGCCCAACAUCCAGGUUCCUGAGAUCAGGGUGACGGACGAGAAGGACACGGAAGCGCCGGCGGUCAAGGAGCCGGAGAAGCCUCCUCCGCACGCCGACGAGUUCCAGCUGCCGCAGCGGAGCGACACGCUCUCCCAGAUGCCCUCGGAGAAGCUGCCGCCCAAGAAGAAGAGGUUGCGCCUGGCGGACAUGGAGCAUUCGUCCGGAGAGUCCAGUUUUGAGUCCACCUGCACCAGCCUGUCUCGUAGCCCGAGUCAGGAGAGCAAUCUGUCGCAUUCCUCCUCCUUCUCCGUGUCCUUUGACAGAGACGAAAGCCUCAAGAUGUCAUCGCCCACCAAACCGGAGGAGCCGGGAGCUAAAGCGCCAGAGUUUCUGACGGUGCCCGGCGCCCCUCAUUCCGGCCAGCACCAGCAGAGAGAGAUGAGAAGGUCUUCGUCGGAGCAAGCCCCGUACUCGCUACUUUCGGAGAUGCCCGAAAUGCGCAGCAAGUCCUUCGACUACGGCAGCUUGUCCACUUCCAGACAGGGCGAGCUCUACACCAGUGCUUCUGCCAUGAAGGAACGCCGACGGGGAUUUCUUGUCCGACAGGCAUCCCUGAGUGUCUAUCCUGAGGCGGUCGCCCAGGAACCUGGAGGAUCGGAGCUGUUAGUCAAACAGGAGAGUGCGGAGCAAGGGGCGUGGCUCGGCCUGACCGGAACCUCGCAUAGAAGCGGCAACAGAACCCAAAGAGUCGGUGUUGUAGGAGUUCACCAGCAGCACGUCCUCCAGCAGAGUAUCAGCGAGGACAGUCUGCAGGACGAACCUCCCUAUGUCAGGUCUCUCCAGCAUCGCCUCCAGACUCAGGGCUCUUCAUCCGAUGGAGAACACCCUGGGCACGAGUCCAUCAACAGGGAAGCCGUCCCUCCGUUCCUCUCUUACCGACAGUCCGCUCUCUUCUGGAGCCAGGAGCUCAGUCAGGCUUCUCGACAACGUCUGACACUCCAGGCCCAGCAGCAACUCCAGAAGCUACACAUCCAGUCCCCGAACAGUCUGUCCGGACAGGCGGCGCUCCGCAAACAAUCUCCGCACGAAGAAAAAUCAGAGGCUUCUUCCGCGAACCCCGUCGUAUUCAGAGAACGCGAACUAGGUGCGUCAUUAGUUCCCGUGCGCGUCCAAACCCACGUGCCGUCGUACGGUAGUGUGAUGUAUACUAGCGUUAGUCGGCUUGUAGCGUACGGUCAGCGGAGAUCCUUAGUUGGUCAAACGUCGGAAAGCCUCGACGGGUUUCCGGGUACAGCGGGAUUCAACCUAUCGCACUUUCUGGGAGAGACUGACGGAACGCCGUCGCGCCCCCCGCACUGGAAAUCCUCGCUUAGCGGCCCCGACACGGGAAUUCCUCUGUCGCUAACGUCGGGUACCGUUUCCACCACGGACGCCUCGGGCUCCGGAGCCGGCGGGAGCAAGAGGAUGCUUUCCCCCGCCAGUUCCUUGGAGCUGUUUGUGGAAACCAAGCAGCAGAAGAGGGUGAAGGAAGAAAAGAUGUUCGGUCAGAUGCUGAAGGAGAUGAGCGCCGUCGAGUUGAGCGGAACCGACAAGUCCGAAGACGGAGAAUGCGGCCCUCCCGACAAUAUUGCCGUUCCCGUCCGUUCUUCCGCCCUCCAUCGACCCGACGUUCCUCGGCCGGAGAGCUUCACCCCGCCUCUCCAGAUCGUCACCGACCCGUCGCCCGUCUCGCGUGGCCGAGAUUCACCCGAAGAGCUGGACGUCGACGAGUCCCGAGCGAGCCCGCGCUCCGCCGUGUCCUCCGACGAAUCGGAAGAUGUCGGCCGGCCCGGGGACGGUUCGCCGUCGGCGGCAGACGCCCGCCGAAGUCCGGGAAUCUCCGCGGGACGGACCCUGCUUCUCGCCGACGUGGCCGACGCCCAGCACUUAUUCCGGUUCCCGAGUCUGCGUACCGGCAGCAGGGUCAGCUGGUGUUUCCUCAACUACACCAAACCCAACAGCGUAGAAGCGGAACCGCUGAGCUCCAUCUACAGCUCCUGGUGCGUGAGCUCCUACAAUCCCAACCCUCUGAACCUUAGCACCAAGGUGGCGCUGGCCCUGCUGAGGUCCAAACAGCGGAGUGACACGGAGUUCUUCUACGCCACGGCCGCCUCCGCCGCGGCCCCUAGCUCGGGGAAGCUGGUAUCAUCAGUCGCCUGGAAGCUCCGAUUUGAUCAGAUGAAACCGGGGCUAAUGCCGCUUGAAAUCAGCCAUUUUGGAAGGAAGAUGGAGGAUGCGGCUUCGUGGGCUCGGCCCAAGGAGGAGCGUCCGGACAAGGACGCGUCCGUCAAACCGAGCGCCGCCGCCGAGCCGACUCGCAUCAAGAUCUUCGAAGGCGGAUACAAAUCCAACGAGGACUACGUGUACGUUCGCGGACGCGGUCGGGGCAAGUACAUCUGCGAGGAGUGCGGCAUCCGCUGCAAGAAGCCCAGCAUGCUAAAGAAGCACAUCCGCACGCAUACCGACGUGCGGCCAUACGUCUGCAAGUUCUGCAACUUUGCCUUCAAGACCAAAGGGAAUCUGACCAAGCACAUGAAGUCAAAAGCGCACCUGAAGAAGUGUCUGGAGUUGGGCGUGUCCACGUCUUGCGCGGACGACGCCGAAGCGGACGACGCGGACGUCGGCGAGGAAGCGGCGGCCCGGCGCAAGACCCCGUCGGAUCACCAGUUCUCCGACGCCGACGACUCGGAGGAAGACGACGACGAAGACGAGGAGGAGGAGGACGAAGACGGCGACUCCGCCCCCGGGACGUCGUCGCGCUCGGCCAGCCCGUACGGCGUCCCGGCGGCGGCGCCCGCCCCGCGCCCGCUCUUUGGCUACUUCACCACCGUGCCCAGCAUCCGCAUCACGGCGCAGGCCUCGCCGGGACGCCGGCCGCCGUCGCCGCCCUCGUCUUCCAGGGACGAAGAUUUCCCGUCGCCGUCUUCGCGCCUCUCCUCUCCCGGGCCGGACUUCUCCGGGUGCCCGUCCCCGGCCUCGCCCUGCUCGUCCCCGUCGGGCCGGCGGUACCUGUCGCCGCGGCGCGACGCCUCUCCUCUCGGCGGAUGUCGACGCGAGCUCUCCCCCAGGAGGGGGCGCCUGUCGCUGCUCGCCCCGCUGCCGCGCCCCGUCUCUCCCGGGAAACGUGACCUGUCGCCGCGAGGGCGCCACAAGGCCGCGAUGCGUCCCAACUCGCCGCGACGCGGGCUUCAUCAGCACCUCCUCCUGCAGAGUCAGCAGGUGGGCUCCCGAGGCCUGAGGUCGGCACACCUGGCCGGGCUCCUGAGUCAGGCCCACCCGGGACGACGCCGCGCCGCACAAAUGGAAACGGAGCACGUUCCAGGUUCCCCGGGGGUGCCGGAGCAAGGCAGUCCACCCCAUCAAGUCCUGUUCAGUCACCUCCCUCUCCAUUCACAACUGCAGGUGCGUUCUCCUUUCCCGAUGAUACCCAUCGGAGGGAUCCAGAUGGUCCACGCCGUGCCGGCGUCGCUCGGCGCUCCGCGGCGGGCCGCGGAACCGCGAAACCCCGAGCCCUCGGCCCCCGCGGGGGAACAAGAGGAGAACGUCCGGACGUGCACCAAAGCCAUCGCCUCGCUGCGCAUCGACCCCGGGGAAGGCGGCGAGAGGGGGUCGGACGAUCCGGAAGAAGGGCGCUCGCCCGCCGUUUCGCCGCCCUCGUCCGCGCCGCCGGGGCUUCAGCACUUUAGCGCGUCCCCGCAUCGCCCCUCGCCCGCGUCCUCGCCCCUCGCGGAAACCUGGAAAAGCGCAAAGACCGGUGGGGACGUGUCAUAG